CGGCUCGCGGAGAGUCCCGGGAGCUGUUCCCGCGAGAGUACGGCAAGAGGCUCCUGUUCGCUGGCUCUGGAACGGCGACCACUGGAAGCUCAGUGGGCGCUGCAGCUGGAGUCGUAGUUCCUCGGCGCAGCCCGAAGUCGGCCUGGUCGGGGAGAGGGUGCAGGGAGAGCGUGGUGGGCGCAGCCUUGAGCCCCGUAGCGUGCCCUUGCCCUUAGCCGGGCUCGCCCCCGUCGCUGAGGCGCGUCCAGCAGCUGCGGCUGACAGGGGCCGCGCGCGCGGGAGUCGGCGGGGUCGCGUCUGCCGCACCUGCGCCGACUGCCAGCUGCGGGUCCCCGCCGGGCCGGGCGGGCGACGAGGGCCGGGGAGCGGGUGCGGGCUCAGGCGGGGCCCCUCAGGGCCACCUCCUAGCCCCGCGGCCGCGGCUGGAAGAUGUCUCAGGAGAGGCCCACGUUCUACCGGCAGGAGCUGAACAAGACAAUCUGGGAGGUGCCCGAGCGUUACCAGAAUCUGUCCCCGGUGGGCUCCGGUGCCUAUGGCUCCGUGUGUGCUGCUUUUGACACAAAAACCGGGUUACGUGUGGCAGUGAAGAAGCUCUCCAGACCAUUUCAGUCCAUUAUUCAUGCCAAAAGGACCUACAGAGAACUGCGGUUACUUAAACAUAUGAAACAUGAAAAUGUGAUUGGUCUGUUGGAUGUUUUUACACCUGCAAGGUCUCUGGAGGAAUUCAAUGAUGUGUAUCUGGUCACCCAUCUCAUGGGAGCAGAUCUGAACAACAUUGUGAAAUGUCAGAAGCUUACAGAUGACCAUGUUCAGUUCCUCAUCUACCAGAUUCUCCGAGGUCUCAAGUAUAUACAUUCAGCUGACAUAAUUCACAGGGACCUAAAACCUAGUAAUCUAGCUGUGAAUGAAGACUGUGAGCUGAAGAUCUUGGAUUUUGGACUGGCCCGACAUACAGAUGAUGAAAUGACAGGCUAUGUGGCCACCAGGUGGUACCGGGCUCCUGAGAUCAUGCUGAACUGGAUGCAUUACAACCAGACAGUUGAUAUUUGGUCAGUGGGAUGCAUAAUGGCCGAGCUGUUGACUGGAAGAACGUUGUUUCCUGGUACAGACCAUAUUGAUCAGUUGAAGCUCAUUUUAAGACUCGUUGGAACCCCAGGGGCUGAUCUUUUGAAGAAAAUCUCCUCAGAGUCUGCAAGAAACUACAUUCAGUCUUUGACCCAGAUGCCGAAAAUGAACUUUGCAAAUGUAUUUAUUGGCGCCAAUCCCUUGGGGCACAUUUGCCACCUCAGACUUGAAGGAAUGGCUCCAUAUUCCUUCCCGCCACCAUCACUUCUGGGAUCCUUGGCAGAGGGAUGUGACAGUGGUAGCUGCAGGACAUGUACUGCCUUGGCUAAGAAGGGAGUUGAUUUAUUCCUUAAAUUUGGGGGCUAAUAUGUGCUUUGGUUGGCCCCUAGAAGUGGCAUUGCCUGAGACCCUUCUUCCCCGAUUCGAGGAUUGUGCAGUAGACCAGGCCAUUUCACAGAAGACCAGGAAAAAUCAGACCAGGCCUCCCUAUGAGAAAGGGAGGGAGUCCAUGCUAUGAUAAUAGUAUAAUCAAGCUUCUCACUUUCCUGAAGAUUGUGUUAUAUUGGCAUGUUCUAAAAUCUCUCAGUGGGUCAUCCCUCUGCUUGGCCCCAGCAUCUGUGUUUCAGGUUUAGUUUUAUCCUUUGAGAGCUGAUAGUCAUGAUGCCCUCUUCAGAAGUUGUAGUGAAAGCUAAGUGGUUUUCCCUUUUUACGUACUUCAUCCAUAGUGAUCAUUGAGAGUGAUUUCAGUGUUACUGCGAUAAUUCUUACAAGAGCAGAGAUGCUCACAUUCUUCGAGAUGUUGGGCAGUCCUGGGUGAGUCUGUGUCAGCCUUGGAGAUUGUAAGUAGGCCAGAUCUCAGCUGGGCCCCUCUCACAUCCAAAAAUGAGUCCACAAACUCAUCAGGGGUAUAUACAGAAUUUUAUGCAGUUGGUUUAGGUUUGCAUCUGCCCCUGUAUGUAUGCUCCCAUUGGCUUUGUAGGAUUUAUUUGAACUGUAUUAUCUAGUUCAAGGAUCUGUGACAAGCUCUGUUUGAGUUGUAAAUACUCUAGGAUGUUGGGAAAUUAUGCUGUAUGCUGGUAGCUUUCUUGUCUGUCACUCUGUUCUGAAUGUAUUUUCAUCAUAUCAGUUCAUGUUUCAGACCUGGCAGUGCUCACUGUUUGACUUCCUGUUAACCAACUCCAACAGAUUUGUUAACUCAUUUUUCUUGGGGGGGUGGGGCAUGUGUGUGUCCCAGCAGCUUAAUUAGGUCAUAUUCAUCCUUCUCCGGAGUCAUGACAUUUAAACAUUCAAAAGAACUGGAUACCACUUAGCAAUACAGACUGCCAAUGAGUUGAAUGGAGGCUUUGGGCCAUCUGGUGUUCAGCACUGCAGUUCUCAGAAUUUAAACAUGCCUAACAGCUCACUGCCAAACAGUGAUGUCAUACAAAGAGUUUCUUCUUGCAGACAGAACAUGGUGUUACUGACCACGAACUUGUGCCCAGCAUAUUAACUGAGUAGGAACACACCAACGAUGUAAAUAAUGACAGCUGUGUUUUGUCAGUCACGAACUUCAUGUUUGACUAUUAUUCUCAAACAUGAAUUAAGACUUGAAUUGCCCUUUGACAUAGUGUGUGUAUUUCUAUCUGUCAAGAUCUUAGAGGAAUCUUUUCCUUAUCCCUGAUCUUACUCCUCAUCAAGGUAUUGGUUAUUAGGACAUAGUACUUUUCACCCUAGGAAACCCAAUCAGAUGCAGUGUGUGACCCUUAAUUGGAUCCUGGUUUGAACAAACCAGUUAUAAAAGACAACUUUGGGAUAAUUGGAGAAAUUUUAACAUAAACUGGAUCUUAGAUGAUAUUUGAGAAUUAUUUAGUUGUCAGACAUAAUGGUUUUGUGAUUAUAUAGAAAGAUGUCUUUAUGCUGAAAUAUUUUGGGGUAAAGUGUCUAUCAUUUUAUUUUAAAAUGGUCCAGCAAAAAACACAGUUAGAUAGAUAGAUAGAGAAAUAAAUAAUGUUAAUUGUUGGAUAUGGGUGGUGAGCAUAUGACUAUUCACUGUACUAUUGUUUUGUAUAUUGAAAUUUUUCAUAGCGAAAAUUGUGUUUCUUUUAUCCAAAUACCAUGUCUUGCCCACACACCAUGUAAAACCCUCAAUUUGUUCAUUGUUGGAAGAUCCUUUUGAUGAAUAUUCAUUGCUUUAUGUUAGUAAAUAAACAGCGUAGGGAGACAAAAAAAAAUUUUUUUAGGUUUUAUUUUUUAUUUUAUUUUAUUUUUUU